AUGGAAGUUACCAAGCACUCGCACGAGGCUACAACAUCUUGGGAAGCCCACGCUAGCCAAGAUCACUCGGUCGAAAAUGACACCCCGUCACUUCGUCAUGGCCGUGAGUUGAAGUCUAGAUACAAGUUGUCGGAGUCAUUGGACCAUUUAAAAUGGAGAAAAGAAGCAGAUUUCAUUGAAAACGAGGAGUCAAAGAGUGAAGCCUUACAAGAAAAGUAUGAGAAACGCCACCGAAAGAAUAUGAAGAUAGUCAGGAAGGAUCCAGGGACUCAUCAUAGCAAAGAACAUGGAAUCAUGAUUGAUGCUGGAAGCAGUGGCUCACGGUUGCACGUGUAUGAGUUUGAUCCACGUAUCUUGUCCAACAAUCAGGAUGUCCAUGAUGCCGUGUCGGGCAGAAAGAUUACUUUUCCAUAUGCGAGAUCACGAUGGACAGAUCGUCUACGUCCAGGAGUGGAUUCCUUUGCUCGGCUACCAGAUGAUAAGUUGGAAGCAGCCCUCAAGGAGUACCUCGCUCCUCUUCUCGACUUUGCCAAGACUGUGCUGCAAGACAAAAACAGGAAACUUCACAAGUAUCCUAUUUACUUUCGAGCAACUGCUGGAAUGCGUAUUCUUGAAAAAAACGAUCGAGCUCGUGUGCUUGACACGGUUCGGUCACUAUUCAACAACAAGGAAUUCUGCCCGUUUAUGUUCGAAGACGAGUAUGCUCGUGUUCUCAGCGGUGAAGAAGAAGCAAUCUUUGGUUGGGCUGGCAUUAACUUUGCCAUGGGUACCCUCGUCGAGGCAAGUGAGGGUACUGGAACUGUCGUCAAUCCAAAAUUGACAUAUGGUGCAUUGGAUCUUGGAGGGGCAUCCACUCAAAUCGCUUUCUACGAGCCCCACGAAGACAUUAUGGCUAACCUUUUCAAGCUCCAAAUUGGUCAGUCAAAGCACUGGAAUGUGUAUGCGCACAGUUUCCUAUACUUUGGAAUGAAUCAAGCUCGUAGACGAUUUCAAGCCAGGCUGGCUUCUAACGCUACUGAAAGUACUCGGCUCAUUAAAGGGGUGCAGAACCCUUGCUUACCUGGAGGAAGCAAGCAAGAAGUGCGCCUAAAGAUACAUUUUGAUGAACAUGGCCUCGAAACUUUCAAAUAUGACCCUUCAGAAACGUCAGAUGGAUAUUAUCAGGCAGUGUUGAAAAAUGACCACAAAACUUCCAAUUUCGAAGAGUGCAUGCGUUACACAAAGGAUCUUCUCUACUUGGACGCCAACACAUGGUGCCAAUUUGCUCACAAAGGGGAAUGUGCCUUCAAUGGCGUCGCAAUGCCAGACUUGCCAGCGCAAUCGGAAAACUUUGGCGAAUUCCUGGGUUUCUCGAACAUUUACCAUGUUUGGGAAGAAUUGGAUCUUCCAAAGAGAGCAUCGAUUCAAGAACUCUAUGAGGGCACCAAGUCUAUCUGCAAUAUGUCCAGAGAGGACGCCGUGGCGUACAGUAAAAAGAUUGGUGCAGCAACCGAAACCGUCGAAGAUCUCUGCUUUCGAUCUGCCUACGCCUACAAUUUGUUGUCCGAAGGCUACGGUUUCAAAGGUGAUGAAUACAUCACGGCAACAGAUGUUAUUGGUGGGCUUAAGGUUGGCUGGUCUCUAGGAGCCAUGCUGUAUGAAAUCAAUACACUUCCAUGGAAAAUUGAUGACUCAAAUCCAAAUUUCUUUGUUACCAGCACAACUGCUGGCGAAAAGCACUCUAUUUCUGGAAUUGCACUGUUGUUCGUCAUGUUGGCGGCAGUUGUUGGAUUGGUCAUAGUUGGUGUUCGCAAGUGUAAGAAUGAAAGAAAGCUUUAUGAGCCGCUCAAGACAAACGCAGAAAGCUUCCCAACAUAUACAUAG